AUGUUCUCGACAACAAAGCUUCCCACCUUGCCUCACAUGAUGGCCCAUGCCUCUUCUGCUGAUGCUCCCUUUGACAGCGAAGUGCUGUCCAACGCAGACCUGGACAGCCUGGCAUCCGUGACAACCCCCUCUGCAACCACCCCUACCACUUCAUUGCAUCUCGAUAUCGAUAUCCUUGCACAACUCAUGAAUACAACACCUUCAACUUCUACUUCGAACAGCCAGAACAACAGUGCAACCGACCUUCUCCUCUCCGACCACAGCAUCCUCGCUACUUCCUCUUCGACAUCCUGGACUGCUUCGCCCUCGAUCAGCCCAAUGGUCCUCAAGCUCGAGUCGCCCCUCCUCUCCCACCUCGAGGUCCCUUCCUCCUCCAAGAAGUCCUCCCGCAGGGCCUCUACCUCUUCGACUGCCACCGCUACCACCGCCAACAACAGCAGCAGUCGCAAGAGGUCGGCAGUAGAACCCGCCGACAAGGAGGCCAAGGCUCGCGAGCGAGUGUUGCGCAACCGCGCGGCGGCCCAGGAGUCAAGAGACAAGAAGCGCAAGUACGUCGCCGAGAUCGAGGCCUCGAACGAGAACCUUCAGGAGGAGAAUUGUCAACUGCUCAAGCGUCUCAAGACCGUCGAGUCUGACAACCUUUCUCUCCACCAACGUCUCGAGGCCCUCACCGCACAGUUCGCACAGAUGCAGCAACAAUUGGCUUCGUCGUCCCCAUCCGUAAAGUACAACACCAACAACCAACCCGGAGUCGGCUUUUGCCAGUCUGCAGUACUGGCAAAGAAGGACAGGAGGUCCCGUGAAACGGACACCUUGACCAACUCUCCGCAGCAGAAGCUGGCUCCAACCCAGAGGAACCCUCACACCACGAUUUCCACCAACAACAAACCCCGAAGAGUCUAUUCGAUGACGAUGAAGACCUUGAUGACGAGCAAGCAGAGUCUGAACAGGGAAGCCCGUUCGUUGUCGGAUCCGAGUGCAGCUCCGCAGAAAUGGAUGGAGAUCAGCUGUCGGCCUUCUUGCAACAACAACCACAAUUGUCGUCGCAAGAAAGCCUUGACGCUCUCCUCCUCUGCAGCGGCCUCUUUUCCAACAACAACGCUCACUUCAGCGGUCCCGGCAGCAGCGUAUAUGAUGGUCUUCUUGGCCAACAUGGUGCUGCCACAGCUGAUGCUGAACUUUUCGACUCUUUUCUUGAUCUCGACUGGAGCGCAAUCGAGCAAUCCGCAGCUGCUUCCUCCGCUGCCCCAGCAGGAACAGCAACUUCGGCAGGCGGUCCUCACUUUUAUUCAACAGCGCCAGCGACUCUUCUCGAGUCCUCUGUUGUCUAACACGCCUACCGUCGCUCCAAGAUUACUCCAGUCCCAGCCGAGAACCAUUAAGGACGACAUUACCAGUCUACACCCGUCGGUGAUUGAGGAUAUUGUGACAGAAUUCCGUCAGGGCCGCAAAGAAGCAGCCCGCGGUCUUUUGGUGAGGGCGUUGGUCUCGAGUCGAUUAACACUUGAUUCCGACGAGAUCUGCAAGCGUCUGUCUUUGCUUCGCAAGAAGUGA